ACCACGGCGACAGAGGGGGCGUGAACCGUCUCCUAGGCAACGCUGCCACACACACACACGCACGCACGCACGCACGCAGGCAGAGAGAGAGAGAGAGAGAGGGAGAGAGGGAGAGAAGGAGGCAGGCUGCUCUCAUUUCCUCUAGAUGUGGAUUGUACCUUGUUUUCUCCAUGGCAUCAUCGCGGCACCGGUAGCAAGGGAUGCUGGGAGAUCAGAUGCGCGCUUUGGAGCAUCAUCUCUCUGAGAUGGUAGAAAUGCAUCGGACUCUCUCUGCAGUGGGAGGCUGAUAGGAGGCUGAUACAGCGCCACAAAGCCUUCUCAGAGGCUCUUAGAUCCCCCAUCACACAACGGCAAGCUCUCCGCUGUAGUAUCUGACGAUGUUUCGGAAAAAGAAGAAGAAGAGGCCGGAGAUCUCAGCGCCGAAGAACUUCGAGCAUCGCGUUCAUACGUCGUUCGAUGCCAAGCGAGGGGUCUUCGUCGGUCUUCCCACGCAAUGGCAGAGUUUAAUAGAAAACCUCCGGAGACCCAAACCCAUGGUGGACCCGUCCCGGAUCACGCCGGUGGAGCUCAAACCAAAGAAGACCAUCGUGCGCGGCAGCAUGAUCGGCCACGGAGACUACAUCUCCGCCAUGCUGUCAGACAUGAGCCGCCUGUCCGUCACCAGCUCCAACUCCCUGCGCAAGAGCAGCCCUUCGGCCCGCAAGAGGGCGCAGUCGCUGGGGCGCCUCGGCGAGGUCAGCGAGGCCGACGCCUAUCAGUACGAGGCCCUGGACGAGCCCGACCCUCCCUGGGCCGAGAAGCCGCGCAACAUCCACAGCGAGAGCGGCACGCCGUACAUGGGGCCGAAGAGGAGCGUGCCGCUGCAGCCCAACGGGGUCCUGCCCCGAGCGAAGUCCACCUACGAGGUCGGCUCGAGCGCUCCGCCUCCUCCUCCUCCGCCUCCGCCGCCGCCGCCGCCGUCCAUCCCCGUCCCCGAGCCGCCUCUCCUGAUGAGACGGGAGUUCCCCAUCGUGUUCUCGCACGGACAGAGACCCAUCACCUGCUUCUACAGCCCCAGCGGGCCUCACGGAGACGCCAGCCGACUGCUGGUCCAUCCGCAGAACAGCCCGGGGAGACCGUACUCCUCGUACGACCUGAAGGCCGAAGCGGCUAUGAGGCAUCAGCCGGGAUAUCUCCACAGCGGCACCAGCAGUCCUCUGGUGAGCGGCACCAGGCCUCACCGAACGGUGCGCUCGUCCUCCAGCUACACCAUCGGCCUCUCGCCCAACAUCAGCUACCGCCCGACCGGGCCCGAUCCCUUCCUGAGGCACUCGGGCUGCCCCAACCCGUCCCUCUACCCCCGUCAGGACAGCCCCUCUCAGCCCCGGCCGUCUCCCACCGGCUCCCUGGCCAACAGCCCCCCGGGAACCUGCUCGCCCGCGUUCAGACCCCCGCCGCACCCCUCGCCCCGGCCGCCGCCCGACCCGCCCAAGGUCACCCACGAGCAGUUCAAGGCCGCCCUGCAGAUGGUGGUGGACAAAGGAGACCCGCGCUCGUAUCUGGAGAACUUCGUGAAGAUCGGCGAGGGCUCGACGGGCGUGGUGUGCAUCGCCCGGGAGAAACACAGCGGGCGCGUGGUGGCCGUCAAGAUGAUGGACCUCCGGAGGCAGCAGCGCAGGGAACUGCUCUUCAACGAGGUGGUGAUCAUGAGAGAUUACCAGCACAGGAACGUGGUGGAGAUGUUCAAGAGCGCUCUGGUGGAGGAGGAGCUCUGGGUCAUCAUGGAGUACCUGCAGGGAGGAGCUCUAACUAACAUCGUGUCUGAGACCAGGCUGAGCGAGGAGCAGAUCGCCACCGUGUGUGAAGCGGUGCUGCAGGCGCUGGCGUACCUUCACUCGCAGGGCGUCAUUCACCGAGACAUCAAGAGCGACUCCAUCCUGCUCUCGCUGGACGGACGCAUCAAGCUGUCGGACUUCGGCUUCUGCGCUCAGAUCAGUAAAGACAUCCCGAAGCGGAAGUCCCUGGUGGGAACGCCGUACUGGAUGGCCCCGGAGGUCAUCUCUAAGUCGCCGUACGGCACCGAGGUGGACGUCUGGUCUCUGGGCGUCAUGGUGGUGGAGAUGGUGGACGGAGAGCCUCCGUACUUCAGCGAGACGCCGGUGGCCGCCAUGAAGCGCCUGAGGGACGAGCCGGCGCCCUCCGUACGCAACGCCCAUCAGGUGUCCCCGGUGCUGAAGGACUUCCUGGACCGCAUGCUGACGCGGGACCCCCUGGAGCGGGCCAGCGCCACGGACCUCCUGGAGCACCCCUUCCUCCUGCAGGCCAGCUCCCCGCAGUGCCUGGUUCCUCUGGUGGAGCAGUACCGCAAGCGCAUGUCCCGCUGCUGAAGCCGUCCGAGUCACCUCCAUCCCCGGAGCUAUCAGGACCGACAUGGCUGCUUUACGAGAAACGAACUCUAUAAAGCCAUUUAGUUCGACCCGAGGACGUCUGAUUGGUGCUUAAAAGGCGGUGAAUGAGAGCAGAAGUGCGUCUGACUGAGACGCCGCUGGGUUUAUGUUCUCUUCAGAGCGUGUUAUUGUGACUCGCGUCGAGGGACCCGGAAACAAGCCUCUUUCGUGUGUUGAAUAUUUUAUAAUGCUUUCGUCUCACUUUCGGUUUUUACAGCUGCAAAAAACGUUAUUAUCGUUAACGGUUUACAAUAAGGUUCUGUUAGUUACCGUGAACUAACACCGAAAAAAAAAAAAAAUUAAAUAAAAAAAUUAUUAAAUUAUCGAAACGUUUGUUAAUAUUAAUAUUAUUUAAUUCACCUGUGCUAAUAUUAACUAUAUUAAUAUUAACAAUGAACAGUUCUGUUAACAUAUACUGUAACAAAUGUUGGUUAACUGGAAUAAUAUCGAUUAUAUUCAUUUUUAAAUGCUUUAAAUGUGGCCUAUCCAGUCAGAUUCUAAUGUAGCAAAUUUCAAAUAAAAUGUUUAAUUAAAUUACAAAAUAACACUUUGACACAGCUUCAAAUCUGGCCUCUAACGUAUUAAAUUCUAUGCAUUUAAUUAAAUUCAAAAGAAAAAAAUUAAUAAAAUAAAAAUAAUAACAAAAAAAAAAAUUUAAAAUCCAACCGCUUCAAAUGUGGUAUUUUUAAAAUAAAUUAAAUGUACA